AUGCCGAUUCUCAACUCCCCCUUUGCGCCGUCAGCCUUCGCCAACAGUUCUGGCCGCGGUGAGGUUGUCCUUACCGUGUUGCCGCCGUCUAUACCGUCUCUGUCGACUCUAUCCUACAACUACCCUCUCAAGCUGCUCUCGCGGACUCCAGAAGAAGGGCUGAAGUCGAGGUAUCCCGCCACCGCAACUGCGCCGUUACACCUCUAUCUUCUCACCUACGGUGGCGGUUUGCUUCCUGGAGACCAUAUCGAUGUCCUUAUAACGGUUAAACAGAGAGGAAGGCUUGUCGUCACGACUCCGCAGGGGAGCACGAAGAUAUUCAAGACCGAGGCACAGGGUGGCAGGAAGAGACGUGUCCCCAAGACAGACAGUGAUCGGAGCAAGCAGACUCUCACAGUCCAAUUGGGCCGAGAGUCGGGGCUGUGCUUGCUACCAGACCCGUCUGUGCCGUUUGCGGAUAGUCGGUAUGACCAGUUUCAGAGCUUCACUCUUCUUCGUGAGGAUGGCGUGCAGGGCGAGAAGGCCACGAAGCCGGUCCACAAGGGGAGCCUCUGUGUGCUCGACUGGGUGACGGAAGGGCGUAGCGCUAGGGGUGAAAACUGGUCGUUCGAUUCAUGGACAGGAAGAAAUGAAGUCUGGCUGGAAGACUGCAAGACCGGGAAGAGAAGACUACUGCUUCGUGAUGCGGUGAUCCUCGAAAACGACACAGGUGCUAAGAAGCAACAAGAUGGUGACUCUGCGCAGGCACAUCUACCUACUCCCAAGGCGCAGACGCCAGUUCGCUCUCGCACCCACUCCCACGGCGUUCUCGGAACGCUGAUCAUCCAUGGGCCAUUGUUCGAGUCUCUCGCUGAUUACUUCAUGGAAUCUUUCACUUCACAGCCUAGAAUAGGCGGCCAGAACUGGUCGUCGAGUUCCAUGUACUAUCCCACACAUACCAAUGAAUGCACCAAUAAUAACGAGAGAGAUGAUGAUUCCGCGACGAAGUCCACAGAGAAGCACCACGGGAAGGUGACAUGGACUGCUGCACGAGUACGCAAUGGGUUUGUCCUUGUGAAGUUUGGUGCUCCGGAUUUCGAGAGUGCCAGAGAUUGGCUGGGCCAUAUUCUCAGGACUGAGGGAAGUGUCCAACGCGAGUUUGGCGAAGAAGCCCUUGGCUGUCUAUAG